CCAACAUUUUCUUCUCCAAUAGCUACCUAAAAAUUGCACGAGGCGCGUUUUCGUUAGGGGUAGCGUAGGCUUAAUGUGUGUAUAUAGGUUCAACUCCUUGCUUGUCCCUCCUCGCUUCUCGCUCCCAAUCAUCUCUUUCAAAUUUUCUCCCCUUUCAAAUUUUCUCCCCAAGCUUUCUCUUUCGUAACACUUCUGCCUGUAUCCUCUUUCUUUGGGUGGGAACUUUGGAAUCUAAUCACUUUUAUUCAGUCGCUGGAUCAGGGAUCCGCGUGAUUGGAGAAGAAUAAUAAAUCGAUCCGAAAAAAUGUCGACGACAUUCACGCCGAAGAACAUCCUCAUUACAGGAGCUGCAGGAUUCAUAGCAUCCCAUGUGGCGAACCGUCUCGUCCGCAACCACCCGGACUACAAAAUCGUGGUCCUCGACAAGCUCGACUACUGCUCGAACCUGAAGAACCUCCUCCCUUCCAACCACUCCCCCAACUUCAAGUUCGUCAAGGGAGACAUCGAGAGUGCCGACCUCGUCAACUACCUUUUGAUAACCGAAAACAUCGACACCAUCAUGCACUUUGCUGCCCAGACCCACGUCGACAACUCAUUCGGCAACAGUUUCGAGUUCACUAAGAACAACAUAUACGGGACCCACGUCCUCCUCGAGGCCUGCAAGGUCACGGGUCAGAUCCGCCGCUUUAUCCACGUCAGCACUGACGAGGUCUACGGUGAGACGGACGAGGAUGCAGUCGUUGGUAACCACGAGGCCUCUCAACUCCUCCCGACGAACCCUUACUCGGCCACUAAAGCCGGAGCCGAGAUGCUUGUCAUGGCUUACGGCCGAUCAUAUGGUCUGCCGGUUAUCACGACUCGGGGGAACAACGUAUAUGGCCCGAACCAGUUCCCGGAGAAGCUUAUCCCAAAAUUCAUCCUUUUGGCGAUGAGGGGGAAAACUCUCCCGAUUCACGGUGACGGGUCAAACGUGAGGAGCUACCUUUAUUGUGAGGAUGUGGCCGAGGCAUUUGAGGUUGUUCUUCACAAAGGGGAGGUCGGGCAUGUUUAUAAUAUCGGGACGAAGAAGGAGAGGAGGGUAAUCGAUGUUGCGAAGGAUAUAUGCAAAUUGUUCGACAUGGAUCCGGAUAAGAGCAUUGAGUUUGUCGAUAACAGGCCGUUUAACGAUCAGAGGUACUUUCUGGACGAUCAGAAGCUGAAGAAUUUGGGAUGGUCUGAGAAGACCACUUGGGAGGAAGGGCUGAGGAAGACGAUUGAGUGGUACACGAGCAAUCCCGAGUGGUGGGGCGAUGUUUCGGGUGCGUUGAUCCCUCACCCGAGGAUGUUGAUGAUGCCAGGUGGCAUUGAGAAGCACGAGCCCGCCAAGCCCAACUCCUCGGAGAAUUCCGGCCCAACUAAGAUGGUGGUGGUGGCCCAAAACUCGAGAAACGGGCCGUCGGCGCAGAAAACGGGCCUCAAGUUCUUGAUUUACGGACGGACGGGCUGGAUCGGUGGCCUGCUUGGGAAGAUUUGCGAGAAGCAGGGGAUUUCGUAUGAAUACGGAAAGGGGCGCCUGCAGGAUCGGGCCUCGAUUUUGGCUGAUAUUGCGUCUGUUAACCCCACGCACGUUUUCAAUGCGGCUGGUGUGACUGGCAGACCCAAUGUGGACUGGUGUGAGUCUCAUAAGACUGAGACGGUUCGUACCAAUGUGGCGGGCACGUUGACUCUGGCGGAUGUUUGUAGGGAUCAAGGAUUGCUGGUGAUGAACUACGCCACGGGAUGCAUAUUCGAGUAUGAUGCCGAUCAUCCGGAAGGUUCAGGGAUCGGGUUUAAGGAGGAAGACAAGCCGAAUUUUACCGGUUCUUUCUAUUCCAAGACCAAAGCCAUGGUGGAGGAGCUUUUGAAAGAAUACGAUAACGUGUGCACGCUCAGAGUCCGCAUGCCGAUAUCCUCCGACCUCAGCAACCCACGCAAUUUCAUCACGAAAAUCUCCCGUUACAACAAAGUGGUGAACAUCCCAAACAGCAUGACUAUCCUAGACGAGCUCCUUCCAAUCUCAGUCGAGAUGGCCAAACGGGACCUUAGGGGCAUAUGGAACUUUACUAACCCGGGUGUCGUUAGCCAUAAUGAGAUCCUGGAGAUGUACAAAGAGUACAUGGACCCGGGUUUCAAGUGGAGCAACUUCACUUUGGAGGAGCAAGCGAAAGUCAUAGUUGCCCCAAGGAGUAAUAACGAGAUGGAUGCAUCGAAGCUGAAGAAGGAAUUUCCCGAGCUGCUGUCGAUCAAGGAGUCGCUUGUUAAAUAUGUUUUCGAGCCCAACAGGAAAACUGCUCCCGUGGCCAAGUGAGCGUUCGAGGUCUUUUAGUCGAUUUGGGAGAUGUUGUUAUGUGUAUUUUUACUUUUGGUAGCCUCAGUUAUGGUACUUUGGUGUACUGUACUGUCAUUUUCUUGUCUUCAUUUCUUUCUUAUAGUCUACGCAGGUGGGGUUGGUUCUUAGCAUGAUGAUAAAAGCACUUCUGGUUGAGCUGUGCUUGUGAGUAUCUUCUUGCAAUUGUGAGCUGGGUGUACAAUUUUUUCUUUUGAAUUUAUUGUUGUUGACGUUUUUGUUCUUGUUCACAUUUGGGAUUUUAUUUAAUUGGUGGAAAGAUGCAUCUCAUUGAUUGGUGAGGAAUUUCUNAAUCCAAA